AUGGAUGACGCUCUGCCCGUGGAAGCGGAGCUGGAGCAGCAGUGGUUGUCCAACAGCUCCCUGAACGAGUCCCUGUCCAACCAGUUCGUGCAGCCCCCGUGGCAGGUGGCCCUGUGGGCCGUGGCCUACGCGCUGAUCGUGGUGGUGGCGGUGGUGGGGAACGUGGUGGUGAUGUGGAUCAUCCUGGCCCACAAGCGCAUGAGGACGGUCACCAACUACUUCCUGGUGAACCUGGCGUUUGCCGAGGCCUCCAUGGCUGCCUUCAACACCGUGGUGAACUUCACCUACGCCAUCCACAACGAGUGGUACUACGGGCUCUUCUACUGCCGCUUCCACAACUUCUUCCCCAUCGCCGCUGUCUUCGCCAGCAUCUACUCCAUGACGGCCAUCGCCCUGGACAGGUACAUGGCCAUCAUCCACCCUCUGCGCCCUCGGCUCUCAGCCUCGGCCACCAAGGUGGUCAUCGGGGUCAUCUGGCUCCUGGCAUUCCUGCUGGCCUUCCCACAGGGAUAUUAUUCCAUGAUGGCAGAGCUCCCAGGACGACUGGUGUGUCUGGUGGAGUGGCCUGAGCCCGGGACACACGUGUACGGAAAAACGUACCACUUCUGCAUGACCAUCCUGAUCUACAUCCUGCCCCUCCUGGUCAUAGGCUGUGCCUACACCGUGGUGGGACUCACCCUCUGGGCCAGUGAGAUCCCCGGGGACUCCUCCGACCGCUACCACGAGCAGGUCUCGGCCAAGCGGAAGGUGGUGAAGAUGAUGAUCAUCGUGGUGUGCACCUUCGCGCUGUGCUGGCUGCCCUACCACAUCUACUUCACCCUGCAGUACUUCCACCCCGAGUGGUACUUCCAGAAGUUCAUCCAGCAGGUCUACCUGGCCAUCAUGUGGCUGGCCAUGAGCUCCACCAUGUACAACCCCAUCAUCUACUGCUGCCUCAACGACAGGUUCCGUGUGGGCUUCAAACACGCGUUCCGGUGGUGCCCCCUGGUCAGCGCGGGCGAGUACGAGGGGCUGGAGCUGAAGUCAGCCCGGUACCUGCAGACCCAGAGCAGCGUCUACAAGGCCAGCAGGAUCGAGACCACCGUGUCCCUGGCCGUGGGGAUGGCGGAGGAGGAGCUGGAGGAGCCCUCCAAGGCCAAGCGUCUCUCCAUAGACGUGACCUCCAACGGCUCCUCCCGCAGCGACUCCAAAACCGUCUCCGAGAGCUUCAGCUUCUACUCCAACACCCUCACCUGAGGGGCUCCCCGGCUCCAUCAGCCACUCCUGAGGUGCCACCACCCCCCUGCCCUCACCGGGACGCUCCAGGGCUCCACCCACGGCCCUGGUUUGUGAUGUGCUGGUGUUUUCUGUGGUGUUUUGUCAUCUCCCACUCGCUCGCCGUCCCCGGGCGAGCCCAGGAGGGAAAGCUCUGGAUUAGUUCCAUGUGUUCCAUCAUGGCCUGUGUGGAGAGGGU